UGAGCAGGGUGGCAGGAGAGGGAUUAUAAUUAAACCAAACAAACACAGGCAUAUACAUGUUAACCCCACACUCUCAUUCACAAUCGUAACAUACGUUACACAGAGCCCGUCAGUGGCGCUGCUCUGUGGAUGACGCCGCAUCCGGUGCACGUGACCGGAAGAUUGGCACGGCACGGCGGCGGUUGGCGGCACUGUCCAGAGGACGACGUCACUUCCGUCAGACGUCACCGGAAGUGCGGCGGAGUCCAGGACCGGCGUGCGGCAGCGGGCAGGUGCAAGUGGGAGUUUGAACUAUCAUGGCAUCCCAUGUCCCCUCUCGCAGCUCCUUGGCCAGGGUAGACUUGCAGAGAAGUGUGUUUGAUCUGGAAAGGAUCCUAUAUAGCGGGAAAACAAUCCGGAACCAUGCAGAUGAGGUGUGGCCAAAGCUCUACCUGGGAGAUCAGACGAUAGCGGCCAACAAACGUGAGCUAUGUCACAUGCGUAUCACUCACAUCCUGAACGCCUCGCACAGUCGCUGGAGAGGGGGAGAGGAGUACUAUAAAGGAAUGAAUAUUAUGUAUAUGGGAAUAGAGGCUCUGGACUUUCCCACAUAUGACAUGAGUGUCCAUUUCUAUCCAGCUGCAGAAUUCAUCCACCGGGCACUCGUAGAAAGAGGCAGGAUUUUGGUUCAUUGUGCUAUGGGAGUUAGCAGAUCAGCGACGCUGGUGCUUGCCUAUCUUAUGAUUUACCAUCGCAUGACGUUGGUUGAAGCAAUCACCACAGUAAAAGACCAGCGAGGAGUUUUUCCUAACCGCGGAUUUCUACGUCAGUUAUUGCACCUGGACUGCACUUUGAGAAGGAACCACUAGUACUGCAAUGUCUAUACAUGUUUCCUUAAUUAAAAUCCGUCCGUCUGCUGGCUACGGGCACAUCCUUUCCUAUGGUGGAUUUAUUGUUAAAUCCGCACCUUGGAUAGAUAUAUAUAUAUAUAUAUAUAUAUAUAUAUAUAUAUAUAUAUAUAUAUAUAUAAAACAGGGAUAUUAAAACAUCUGUAAUUGUAGCAAUGAUUCAAAUGCCAAAUAUUUCAAUUGAAAUGAAACUCUAUGAGAACAUUCUAACAGAAAUAUAACUUUGUAUUGGAUCCAGACUAACCUCUCUACUGGGUGACUGUGAGAGUGAGUCCUUACCACCAAUAAGACAUGCCAGUCAUUAAUAAUAAUACACUGUAAAUGGAAAAGAUGCAUAUAUUUGGCAGUAGAGUGCAUGUACUAAUUAGUUGGUUACAUUGAAUGCAGGGUAUAAAAAUCUUAUAGGAAAAAGCGGUAGCAGUGACUGAUUAUUCGGGAUAUAUUAGUUUACUAACCAUAUGUUCUUUUCAUCCAUGAUAUUAAUCAAUAAAUCUGUUGGUGUUCUAAAAAGUUACAAGGAAAAAUAAUAUACAUUAAAUUUACUGGUUUACAUAU